CCGUCUUCUCCCCCAGCGUCUCUACGCGACUCCGCGCACCCCGCUGGGGCAUCCAACCCGCGCCCAGCGGCGAACGUGUUGGGGAAACGCCACGGUGAACCGGUGGCGUCGAUGGUCCCGAAGCGCGGCCGCUCGGUCUCGACACGUGCGGACGCCACCCGCGGUAGCCUGGUGAUUGCUCCGCGCAAGAUUCUCUCCAAGCAGCGGGCGGCCCAAGAUGCCGUGGUCGAGCCAGCGUCCGGAGGCGUAGAGGGCGACGCCCCCAUGACCUCUGCUGCAGAGACUGUCUCACCGCCAGAGGGGGCGCAGGGCGGAAAAGGGCCUGACCUCCCCGCCGGCGGUGGAUGUCAUCACGGUCGACUCCCCCGACCGUUCGGAUCGAGGAGCUGCGAGCGGGGCCUUCACCGGCGAGUCCAGCGGCGACCCCAUCCACCGAUGACGCCGGAUCAGCCGAAGGGACGGGGGCUCAAGCGACCAUCAAAGCCGCGGCAGGGCCCGAGGGGCCGACACCCGACCCCGCAACGGUCGCCGUCCCCUCACCCGACCCCGCAACGGUCGUCGGCCCCGCGCCUACGGAGUCAGCCGCAGGCGACGCGGUCGUUCCGCCUUCGACAAUUGCGGGGGUUCCGCCGGUGGGGUCGGGGAGCCGACCCCCGCACCCAUGGUGGCCACGGAAGCGGAGGCGGCGAGCUCGACACCCUCGGUGCAGGAAGCCACUGCCCCAACGCCCAUGGGGACAGCCGGGACGAUGGGUGCGGGAGCUCUUGUCACGUCAGCGCCUUCCUCGCUGUUAGUGGGCGCGCCGGCCUCGCCCCUUCCGCAGGAUGGCGUGGCCGCGCCCGCACAAGGAGCCGGCGACGAUUCAAGCCUGCUAGCCCUGACGCAGGGUUUCACGCGGAGGGAGCUUGACUGGGGGCGACUCCGGGGGGCGGCAGCGAGCGUGGCCACGCUAAUGGGCACCCUCCUCGGACCGGCGCUAGUGGAAAUGGAGCUUCGAGACCAGGAGCGUCUGACCCUGCGGGCACAGGGCCAGGAGUUCGCGGAGGAGCGCCGGAGGACAGAGGAGGAGCUGGCCUCGGCUCGGCGGGCCCUGGAGGAUGAGCGCAGGGCGAGGAUGGCGGAGCUUAACGCCGCGUGUCAGAGCCUGAGCGACGCGCACACCCAAUGGGUCGCCGCUGCUGCGGAACUUGAGCAGCUCCGCAAAUCGCUUCGUAAAGCUAUUUUAAUUUAUUGAAAGGAGAGAGGACCGUGGGGACCCUUAGACUCACAAGUUCGCACCCAAACACAUAAAGUGGCAUCCUCAUCAACAUGCACACAUUUACCUUAAAUAAUGAUUUUUGCAUUAAA